AUGAUGGACAAUAUCAUCAUCCCCAACGCCGAAAUCGACGAGAGUCCCCUCUCUGCCUCGUCUAUGGAACGUCGCAAUUCUCUCGAGAAACACCUCCAGACUCGUCCCGACCCCCAGGAUCUCAAAGAAAGACAUAUCCUGCUCGAUACUACCGUGGCGCCAUCUCUCCAGGCAGCCAGAGCAGAACUCGCUCGCCAGCGUACAACAGACAGCCUGAAGAAACAUCUCGAGCAUCGUCCUGAUCGGGAAGAGCUCGUUGAACGUAACAUCCUCCCGCAUACCAACGCCGCGCCCGCGCUGCAGGCUAACGCAAAGGAGCUCGAGAAGCAUAUGCUUGCGGAUAACCUGGACCAGAAGCUGCAGCGUAGACCGCAGCCGGAGGAGCUAAUCUCGCAGGGUAUCUUGACGGAGGAUGAGGAUCCGAGGUGCCCGGCUGUGUAG